CGUAUUUAACUCUACAAUCUCUCUCUCCCUCUCUCUCUCUCUCUCUCUUCUCAUGUAGGGUCGUAGAAAGACAACAUUUUAGUGGUCUAUCAUCUCUUGCCCAAGGGGAAAAAAGGAGAGGAGAAAGUGUCACUGAUGCAUUUGAUGAUACAAAAAGGAGCCAACUUUUCCCAUUUCCCAUCUUUUUUUCCGAUGAUUUAAACCAACCCAUUUCAUUUGUAUUCUCCACAUAUCCAUCCGUUCAUAUCAUUUAUCCAGACCGUAUAAUAAAUGUCUAAUACGAGUUAUUACCGGUCACCGUUCGGGGACACGACGUACACCAAAGUGUUCGUGGGAGGCUUACCAUGGGAGACCCCGACCGAUGAAAUGCGACGUUACUUCGAACAGUUUGGAGAAAUCCUCGAAGCAGUCAUCAUCACCGAUAAGAACACCGCCAGAUCUAAAGGAUACGGAUUCGUCACGUUUAGGGACCCGGACUCCGCAACGAGAGCCGUCGCCGAUCCGAAUCCGGUGAUUGACGGGAGAAAGACCAAUUGCAAUAUCGCAUCCUUCGGUCGGCCCCGACCUUCACCACCUCGAGGGCGAGGACAGGGAGGAAGCCCCAGUCAGUAUCACGGCGGAGGAACGUCGGGGUACGCGGGAAUGGCUGCUCCGCUGCCGCCUGCUGCGGCGGCUCAGCUCAUGUAUCCGUCGUAUGGGUACACCUACAAUCCUGAAUAUGGGUACCACCAAGCGAUAUACAACUCACAGAUCCAACAAGCACAGUACUAUCAGCAAUUGUACGGAGGAGCAUCAUCACCAUCUUCAUCCGCCAUCAUGCCUUCUCCUUACUACUAUAGCUAUCCUUUCCAGACUCCAAGCCCAAGACCAUACCCACAUCAUCAUCGUCAUCAGAUGCUCCCUUCUCCUUCUCCUCCAGCUGCUGCUUCGGCCUCGUCUUCUUUCCUAUUUUACCCUUCCCAGUUCGGACCUUCUUCCGCUGUUGCCCCUCCUCCUCCGCAGAUGCUUGUCUCUUCUUCUACGGAUUCACAAGCGGCAAGGCAUGCUUCCGAAGAAGGAGGAGGAGGAGGAUCAAUGGCGGCAGUGGUACCUGAGGGUACAACUCCCAACAGCAAAGAGUCGGCCUCUUCCUGAUGAUGCCUGUACAAUCUUGACAUUUUUACCCCUUCUUCCGUCACCUAAUCCAAUGAUUUCUCCGCCGGAGAGCCAUGCCCCCUGAUGCCCACGUUUUUAAAUGGUUCUUUCUCUUGUUACCAUUCUUUCUGACGAGAAAAAGUAAUAUUUUUUUUUGUCGAAUUAUUGUUAUUAUUCUUUCUUUUAAAAUGAAUUCUAAUUUUUACUACUUUUAUUUAA